CUUUGGCGUCUGCAUUGGAUCACGUGAGUGGGUUUUCGUUACCAAGGGAAGGGAAGAGAGGGACUUUGGCUGCAUUUGUUACGUCGGACAUCCCGCGUUGGGCAGGUGGGCUUUUCGUCGUUCCACGAACUUGGGACUUCUGGUUUCGGGUUGGUUUCAUCGGAAGUUCAAGAACAGGAACGAAAGUCGACAAGGUAUCUGGCAACACUUCACUGAGCUCAACAAUCCUGCUUAAGUCCCAAUCGGAACAAGCAAUAGUCGUGUUCAGAGACAAAGUUCUGGCAUAGCAGCGUAUCGUCACUAUGGGCUGGAAUACUGUUCUUACCCUUGACAAAGACGUCACACCGGUUCCUCGAUCGACUUCUACGACAGAGCAAGAAGAUACAUACAGCACUCAGCACAGUAUUGCAUGCUCAAGCAAUAAAACCUCAUUCGAAAUGCCACAUUCACAAUCCCAAGAUCCUCAAUCAUACAAUCGAUCCCGUCGACGCUCCUCCACGCUCGCCAACCUCAGCGACACCGAAGAAACCCACCCUCCCAAAUCCCGCCGCCGCUCCUCAGCCCUCAACACAACCCUACUCUCCCAACUCCGCCUAACCCAACGCCAAAAACCACUAACCUCCCGCCUCCUCACACUCCCUGCCGAACUCCGCAACCAAAUCUACAUCACCUAUUUCACCCAUCCAACCUACUCCGAAGACUGCCCACCACGAAUCCGACCCUCAUAUACUCUCCCACCCCUCCUCAAAACUUGUCGCCAAAUUUACAACGAAGCAAUCGGAUUAUACUAUUCCGCUACACCUGCUUUCCGAUGCUUAGAUGAGGAUUCUACUGUCAAGUGGUUGGUGAAUUUGCCUGAGAGGUGGAGGGGAAUGUUAAAAGAGGUGAGGUUUGAUACGAGGUGGAUUAUUUUUUCUACGCCUUUUAUUCCGGUUCCGGGGGCGGAGUUGUGGUUGGUGGGGGAGUUGGUGGGGAAGUUGGAGAAGAGGGGGUUUGAUUGCGAGAGGUGGUUGUUUAGGGAGGGUGAGGGGAGUGGGAGGGUAGAGGAUGGGGAGGAAGGAGGAGAAGAAGAAGAAGUGACGACUACGACUGGAAAGUUGAAGUGUAGCUUUUAUCGGAGAGGUGGUGGGGGCCAGGAGGGGGCGAUUAUUUGGACGGAUAAGCCGGGGUUGAUUGAGAGUGUUACUGCUGCUGUGUAGAAGGAUUUUUCUUUGAUACCCUGUGCGAGGAGUUAUGGUUAUGCGUUUUCUUGGUGUGUUUCUGGCGAAGCGUGGUACGGUCUUUCUUCGAAUGACACGAGCAUUUAGCAAGAUUUGCGUGUGCACUCACCCAAAAUGUUGAAGAAACAAAAUUGGACAAUCACACAGUG